CUACGUACAGUUACGUACCGCACGCCGUCUCGUGAUAACGCACCCGCCAGACGUAACGACCGGGAUCGCUCUUUGUCGACACACGUCUCGUACGAGCGAACAUUUUAAAACAUCGUAAAAACAUUUUGGAAAAAAACAAAAAAACCAAACUAACAAUCCUUUUUCAACCGACGCGCGUUCGAARGCUGAUCAUAGAAUAUAAUACACCACCACUGCUGGUGGUGUUAUUUUCCCGUGACACGAUGUCCGUCUCGUAGUUUAAUCGUCCGAUUUUUUUUUUUUAGAGUGCAAGAAACUAACAAAAACAUAGAUUUGACUUUUUUUUCACGAAAUCUCUUCGGGCCGUCGCCCGCGCUUCGGCCGACCUGUGGGACCACGCGCGCCAUGGUCGGCUACUACCUCGAGUCCUGUUCAUAACCGAACGCGACCGUGGACGCAACUUUGCUGCUACAGUUACAGUUACCAUAUUAUCUACCAUCGUUGUCGAAGUAUGUCACCAAGAAUACAAUGUCAAAACGAGUGAAAUAUUGAAGUUAUCGAUAAAUCGUAAAUACGUCAUAUUAAACUAUACACACACGCUGGGACAGCAAGACGACGAAAGGAGGAAAUAGAGGAUAAAAUAUUCGAAUCACCAGCGCGCAYAGCCAUGAGACGCGGAGGGGUUYGUGAUUUGUCCAUCGUGCUGGCCGUAUCCACCGUUUGUUUUAUCGGCCAACUGACGCUCGGAAUUCACAUAAGAGAAUGCGAUGAAGCUUUGGGUAUGGAAUCCGGUGCCAUCCCAGAUUCGGCGAUCACAGCUAGUUCGUCAUAUAACGUGCCGAAUGUUGGACCCAGCAACGGGAGGUUAAAAGUCGAACGAGCUGGUGGUGGUUGGUGCCCCAAGCCACCGGUAGAACAAGGCGUCCGCGAGUGGUUGCAAGUGAACUUUGACAAAGUGCACAUGAUCACGGGAGUGCAAACUCAGGGGCGAUUUGGUCAUGGGCGUGGACUCGAGUAUGCCGAAGAGUACACAUUGGAGUACUGGAGGCCCGGUUUGGCGGAAUGGAAACCAUAUAAGAGAUGGGACGGAAAACAGAUAAUGUCCGGCAACACGGAUACCUCGACCGUGGUCUUGCACCAUCUGCUUCCGCCCGUCUACGCUUCGCAAGUACGCAUAUUGCCGUACAGCGUUCACCGUCGCACCGUUUGCCUGAGGGCAGAGAUCAGAGGAUGCCCGUCCGACCAUGGAAUAAUCAGCUACACCAUCCCGUUGGAUGGAUCUGCAAAUGAUAGUACAGACGUAGCAGAUCUCUCGUACGAUGGUGUGGUGCUAAAUAACAAAAUCCAAGGAGGUCUCGGCCGUUUGGUUGAUGGUGUGCGYGGAGAAGAUAACUACAAAAUGGAUAUCGGUUACGGAAAAGUAAUAACCAUUUUUGACUACGAUGCACCACUGUAUUAUUUUUUUUUUUCAGAACCAUUGGCUCAGAACGUGACGGUAGACGCGGACGCACCAUUCGAGGACGAGCAGCUGGUUGGGGGAGCGGUGGAUCCGCCUUGGGACUCGCCUGACACCACUGCUCACAAGGAAAAAGAUGACAGGACCGGAGGAGGGCUGGUGGAAGUGCUCAUCGGCGUGCUGACGGCCGCCACACUCAUCUUGCUUGGGAUUUGUGCCAUUGUAUUAGCUUUGAGCCGACGUAAAAAACAUCAGACAAUCAGYACAUCAAUAUUUAAAAAGCCGUUUGGUGUAGCCAUCAACAUGAAAGACAUAUUCAUGAACCUGUCUCCACACAACAACAACACUACUGGCAUUAGCAACAACAACAAUAACAACCAUAAUCACGGUUUGGGAAUCGGAGGUGGUAACCGGCACAUCACUGAGAACCCAUUGGUGAUYGAUGAACAGAUGCACAGUGACAGUUUCGCGUCGGAUCCUUACGACAAAUCACAACACGUCGUUUACGAAACGCCGCUGUUGGCCCGCAAAGACUACGAGACGAUUCGCAGUAGUAAAGAUGUGCCCAAAAUAACUCGUAUUUGGUACUCACAUGUAAUUAUAAUAGAAUCAGAUGACAUUGGUAUAUUCUCUAAAGAGUCUAAUGAGUCUAAUGAAUUUAGUGAUAAAUUUACCGGAUKCUCAACAUUAUCGUAUACGACGCUAAUGUUCAUGGCUACUCAAAUCACAUCGGCCAUGAAGUAUCUGGAAUCUAAGAACGUGGUGCACAAAGAUUUGGCGGCAAGAAACUGCCUGGUUUCAAGAGGCUAUUCAAUCAAAGUAGCCGACGUGGCUGUAUGCAAUCCGGCUUACAAAAAAGACUAUAGCGAAAUCGGAAACAGACCUCCGGCACCGAUUCGAUGGCUUCCUUGGGAAAGCAUACUACUGGUAAUAUUAUAA